AUGUCUCUAGCGGGCUGCAGCUGCAUGAAGGCCGGCCCCGCCCCCGGUUUUGGGGUGUGCACCCCGGCCUCCCGGCGCGGCGCUGCUGCACGAUUCGGCGAGCCGCUGAGCCAGGAGGUGGUGUGCUACCUGGGCCUGGAGCUGGGCGCCAUCUCCAUCAAGCGCUUCGCCGACGGCGAGAUAUACUGCCAGGUGGGCGAGUCCAUCCGCGGCUGCGACGUCUUCCUCAUCCAGCCCACCGCCCCCCCCGUCAACGACGCGCUGGUGGAGCUGCUGAUCACCAUCGACGCCUGCCGCCGCGCCUCCGCCCGCUCCAUCACCGCGGUGCUGCCCUACUUUGGCUACGCGCGCGCGGACCGCAAGACUGCGGGGCGCGAAUCCAUCGCCGCCAAGCUGACGGCCAACAUCAUCACCGAGGCCGGGGCGGACCGGGUGCUGACCAUGGACCUGCACAGCGGGCAGUGUGUGGGCUACUUUGACAUCCCCGUGGACCACGUCUACGGCGAUUCCGUCAUCCUGGACUACCUUGCCUCCAAGCGCAUCUCCACCGGCGACCUGGUCGUCGUCUCGCCCGACGUCGGCGGCGUGGCCCGCGCCCGCGCCUUUGCCAAGAAGCUGAACGACGCGCCGCUGGCCAUCGUGGACAAGCGCCGCUCCGCGCACAACGUCUCCCAGGUCAUGAACGUGAUCGGGGACGUGCGCGGGAAGGUGGCGGUGCUGGUGGACGACAUGAUCGACACCGCGGGCACCAUCACCAACGCCGCGCGCGUGCUGCACGCGGAGGGCGCGCGCGAGGUCUACGCCUGCGCCACGCACGCCGUCUUCUCUCCGCCCGCCGUCGAGCGCCUGUCCUCGGGCGUCUUCACCGAGGUCAUCGUCACCAACACCAUCCCCGUGCCCCCGGCCCACAACUUCCCCGAGCUCACCGUGCUGUCCGUGGCAAACCUAAUGGGGGAGGCCAUCUGGAGGGUCUACAACUCCGCCUCGGUGCAGAGCAUACGGGAGUGA